AUGGGAAAGAUAUCCGUGAGUGAGACCAAGGGAAAGCAGCGCCACAACCCCUUGUACAAGGACAUUUCCGAGGAGGGCGGUAACUUCCGUGCCGCUCCACGUGCCGGAAGCGCAGCCAAGGGCACCUCCAAGCGUGAAGAGGAUGGAUUUUUGGACGCCGCCACCUCGAGAAAGAUCUUGCAGUUGGCCAAGGAACAACAGCAGGAGUUGCAGGAGGAGGAGGACAAGCAGUCCGCCGCUGGUGGAGCCAGAAAGGCCGCAUUUGGCGGGUUUGGUGACGCCGAGAUCGAAGUGGAAGAAGAAGAAGAAGAAGAAGAGUACUCUGAGUUUGAAGAAGAAGACGUCGAGGUAGAUGAAGAGGAUGAGGUCGACGAGCGUGACGCCGAGAUGUUCGAGCGCUACUUGCAACUGACCGGGAGCGGUGGAGGAGCAUUCAACUUGGCCGACAAGAUCAUGGCCAAGAUCCAAGAGAAGGAACAAGGAAGAGUUGCUGCCGCCACUGCCGCCGGAGUUGCCCGUCCAGAAGACGCAGUUCUUCUCCCACCAAAGGUCAUUGCCGCCUACGAGAAGAUCGGCCAGAUCUUGUCCACAUACACACAUGGGAAGUUGCCCAAGUUGUUCAAAGUCUUGCCCACCUUGAGAAAUUGGGAGGACGUCUUGUACGUGACAAACCCAGAACAAUGGACUCCACACGCGGUCUACGAGGCCACCAAGUUGUUUGUUUCCAACUUGCAGGCCCCUGAGGCCCAGAAGUUUGUCGAGCAGGUGUUGCUCGAGCGUUUCCGUGUGUCCAUCGAAGACUCGGAAGAUCACACCUUGAACUACCACAUCUACAGAGCCUUGAAGAAGUCUCUCUAUAAGCCGGCCGCCUUUUUCAAAGGGUUCUUGCUCCCCUUGGUCGACAGCCAUUGUUCUGUGCGUGAGGCCACCAUUGGGGCCUCCGUGUUGGCCAAGGUAUCCGUACCUGUUUUGCAUUCCUCCGUGGCCUUGACCCAAUUGCUUCAACGUGACUUCAGUCCUGCCACCACCGUGUUCAUCCGUGUUUUGAUUGAGAAGAAGUACGCCUUGCCCUACCAAACCUUGGAUGAGUUGGUGUUCUACUUUAUGCGUUUCCGUCGUGCUGCCCUUGCACAGGACUCGAUGGAGGACGACUCUGCUGACUCCGCAGCCCCAAUGCCUGCCUUGCCCGUGGUGUGGCACAAGGCAUUCUUGGCGUUUGCCCAACGUUACAAGAACGACAUCACCGACGAUCAAAGAGACUUCUUGUUGGAAACCGUAAGACAACGGUUCCACGCUGGAAUUGGUCCAGAAAUCAGAAGAGAACUUCUUGCCGGUAUGGCACGUGUUACCAGCGAAAGUGCAGCCAAAGAGGCUGUAAUGAUAGACGCUUUCUAA